AUGAUCCCUACCGCAGCACGACUCGUAAGUCUCGGCCUUCCAACUUGAGUGUCCGCCUGUCCUCCCUACUAACACCCAAACACCCACACUCACACCCCGGUCCGUCCUGCAGGGCGGCGGAGCACGCUACGCCUACCCCAAGGAGGUCUGGUCCCCCGCAGGUAAGAGCGACAUCAUCUCUACCCCUUGAUCUCGACACUUAUCUUACCUGCAUCUCGCUUCUCUUUUCUCAGGUGGUUGGUGGACCCGCCCCGCGAACUGGAAGUCGUCGACCGCGGUCGUCGGAUUGGCUGUGUCCCUUACGACGUACGGUAUUUGGCAUUAUUCGGCUGGGCGAGAGGUGAGUGCAUUGACUUAAGAAAGGGGGAAUCGAAUCGAAUGGGGGUGGUAUGCCGAACGACAAGGGAGGGAAUUGGCGUCGCACGCAGAGCUCGCGGUGGGAGGACAGGCUGGCGUGGAGGGUGGCACGGCAGUGAUGCAAGGCAUUAUUUGGUGUUCAUGGCUCACUUUGCGUCGUCUUGGACAGGUACGACACAACGCGCCGACACGAGAGAUCCCUUCGAUGCUGGUCAGUCGGGCCCUGAAAAUCAUUGACGUCUCCUAUCCCAUCGGACGACCCACCACCGCACCCACCUCGAUACUGAUCGAUUGCCUUUCCCGAUAUGCCGACAGUGGGCAAAGCAAGCCGCCGAGAUGGGUGUCAGGGACGAGAGCUCGUUGGCCGGUCAAGGCGGAUCGCAUCAUCAUUAG